GGUAUUCACUCUUAUGGGAUGAAUUGGAACAGUGUUUUUAGUUGGUGAUCAAUCCGUUGGAUGCCGCUGGUAUCGCUGUUGUCGUUUGUCGGAAUUGGAAGCUGAUAUUUGACAGCUGUCACUGCUUCCUUCUUUGUAUUUGGACCGUUAAAUACUUUUAUUUUUUGUUUAUGUGUGGUUAAAUUUGAGUGAUUACAGCGCUUGUUUAUUGCAGCAUAAACCAUGUCUCGGUACCGCAAAUGCGCAGUUAGAGGCUGUCAGGACAGUGUUUCAGUACGACAUAGAUUUCCAAACCCGACGAAAUUUAUGUAUGUUUUUGUGCAAUGGGUGGAUUGUAUUGACUUCACACUGGAAGACAAUUAUGGUAACAACAGAUUUAGGAAGGAUGCUGUGCCAUCACUAAAUCUUCCUGAUCAACAAAUAUCCAACGCAACUGAUGAAAUGCUUGGAAAACCAUCAACUUCAGCAUCAUAUCAACAGUUGGGAGAAGUUUGCUCAGUUACAACUUCACAACCAGGAAAUCUUGAUGUAACUACACUGGAACCCAUUGAGGAGCAUUAUUCAGAAGCAAGUUCCUCAAGAAUAGAAUCUGGAUUAUUGCAUAAGUUACAUGUAACCAGAGAAACCCACUUAAGUCCAAAAGCUAAGAAGCUAUAUAAGAUAGCCAGUCACCUCUGUAGAGCUAAUAGAAGACUAAGAUGUACAAGGAGGUUGAUUAGAAGUACCAGAAGUACAAGAGAAGUAUUAAAUGAGGCAUUGCAGCAUUUGGACAGUACUGUAGCUACUUUUAUCAAAAGCCAGAUCACACUGGCUGGUAGUAAAUCACAGGGACGGAGAUAUAGCCUAGAAGAAAUUGAUGGGACUUAUACUUCAUAAACAAAGUGGUAGGGGAUAUCGAGCAUUAUCAAAAAUAUUUGCUAUGCCCUCAAAAAAAAACAAUAAUGCAGCUAUUAAACCGGAUUCCCAUCAAUCCAGGUGUAAAUGAUGUGAUUUUUAAUAAUCUUGCAGAAGUUGUUUCUGGCUUAGAUGAAAGCAGCAAGUAUUGUGCUGUAAUGUUUGAUGAAAUGAGUCUGGACCCCCAUAUACAUUUAAAUGUUGCAAGCAAAGAAUUUGAGGGCUUUGAAACAAAUGAUGAUGAACAAAGAAAUGCAGUUAUUGCAGAUCAUGCAUUAGUUUUUAUGGUUAGAGGGCUUGUUAAAAAUUGGAAGCAACCUCUAGCAUACACAUUUUGUAGAUCCUCUACAAAAAGUGUAAUAUUAGUAAGGUUAUUGACGAAAAUAAUAACAAGGUGUCAGCAAGCUGGGCUAAAAGUUAUCUGCACAAUAUGUGGGAAUACUUGCAUUCAAGAGAGCCAUUAAGAACCAUCGUCUGGGGUCUGCUAGCCAAGCUAGCUGAUAUAUAUUUCUUUUUUUUUUGUUAGAGCGGGCCAUGUAGUAUUGAUAACAUCUUUAGAUUACUCUAUUUAAGCCUUAAUUAUUGUAUAUAGUAGUUAGUCGAUUGCUAUUCAUUGUUAUAUCUUUUUUUUAUAUGUGUUUCUGCGCUGUGAGGUUAAGUGGUAGAGUAGCCAGCUGAAUAAACUUCGCCUCGUAGUGUGGAUGGAUUUCUAAA